ACACUGCUCAUGAGUGACUGAGAAACUCCCACCCUGUGCCACGAGAGGAUUCGGAGCGGAUAAAAUACCGUUCAAUAGAUAAUAAACCCUAUGAUGGGAGUCUAAACGUAAAGAGCCAGUGUGGUAGUGUUGGUCGAUCUCGUUUCAACUCCCCACGCCUCCCUCAGUUUCCUCUGUAAGUGAUUGUCUUGUUUCCACACACUGAUCUGAAUGGUCUUCAGGACAGCAUGACUAGCGGAUACAAGGACGGGUCACCUGAAGAGGAAUACGCGCACUCACCUUUCAUCAGGAAACAGGGCAACAUUUACAAACCAAAUAAUAAAGAAAUGGAUAACGACAGCAUCAACGAAAAGACUCUACAUGAUGUCCACACUAAAGAGAUUGACCUGGUCAACAGGGACCCGAAGCAUUUAAAUGACGAUGUGAUUAAGGUGGACUUUGAGGAUGUGAUCGCAGAACCCCCCGGCACCUACAGCUUUGACGGCAUAUGGAAAGCCAGCUUCACAACCUUCACAGUAACCAAAUACUGGUGCUACAGGCUGCUGACGGCCCUGGUCGGCAUCCCACUCGCUCUCGUAUGGGGCAUCUUCUUUGCCAUCCUCUCCUUUAUCCACAUCUGGGCUGUGGUGCCGUGCGUGAGAAGCUACUUUAUUGAGAUCCACUGCAUCAGUCGAGUCUACUCCAUCUGUGUGCACACCUUCUGCGACCCGCUAUUCGAAGCCAUGGGGAAAUGCUUCAGCAGCGUCCGGGUCACCACCACAAAAGUGGUGUAGCCGGAACUUGGAAUGGUUGGCGACCAGUGGGAUAGGGUGGGAUGGGGCAAUGGAAAACAAUGUCCAACACAGGGAUAUGAAGCUUAGAAAAAUCCUUUUUUAAGAGGUGCGAUUGUUGAGGGCUCGCACUGUAUUUUGGUGGUUAUUAGAUUAUAUAAUCCUCUCUGCUUCUGUUCAAUGAGUCUUUAAUAUUUGUUUUGGAUCCCUUUGGACAUAAGAUCUGUUUUGGUUUACCAUCAUAGGAACACCGCCUGACUUGGGACAAGGCUGUGAAUUUAGUUUCUGUGUCCUCUUUUUUUGACUUAUGCAUCCACUUUGAUAGUUCAUAAUAGUUUCUUUGUGUUUAAUAUUUUAACUACGUUCAAACUAGAUGUGUAUUGCCACCCUUUUUUGUGGUCAUCAUUGGGGAUGCAAUACAAAGUAUUUUGUUUUUGGGAGAGGGGUUGGGGUUAUUUUGGAGAAACGUAGGCAUGACAUCAAGACUGCCCAUCACACUGCAUGUUGCCACUGAAUUUGUUGGUUGGCCCAGACACGGGGUAACAGAGGUGCUCUCGCUGAACCCUUUGUCAUAUUAACAAAGAGACUGUUCCUGACUCUGUGACACAUAAUGCUUCAAAGUAGUCGUCAUGGCAACAACUUUAUGAGUGGCAGGGUGUAUUUACAACAUCCAUGCAAACUAUCUUUUUUU